AUGGGGGACCCGGGCCAGGCCAGCUCGCAGGCGCCCCCUUCUGUGGAGAGGGAGCAGGGUCUGGCCGUUGGCGUAGGCUUCGGGGCGGUGGACAAGACGACCUCGGCUACCUUUGAGAGAGCCAGGAACCUGGCGCUGGGGAUGGGCAUCCAGAACUUCCCCGAGGGCCUGGCCGUCAGCCUCCCGCUCCGAGGAGCCGGCUUCUCCACCUGGAGAGCCUUCUGGUACGGGCAGCUGAGCGGCAUGGUGGAGCCCCUGGCGGGCCUCUUCGGAGCCUUCGCCGUGGUGCUGGCUGAGCCGCUGCUUCCCUACGCGCUGGCCUUUGCCGCGGGCGCCAUGGUCUACGUGGUCAUGGACGACAUCAUCCCCGAGGCCCAGAUCAGCGGAAAUGGGAAGCUGGCGUCCUGGGCCUCCAUCCUGGGCUUCGUGAUAAUGAUGUCGCUGGACGUCGGCCUGGGCUAAUGCUGGGGACCUGUGGAGCCCGGCAGGGCAGCCUGAGGAAACCGUGUGGAAAGCAUCUCCGGCCACAAGCCUCUUCCUUCGCGUCCCAACCCCGUUUUCCUUUCCCUCGCCUUUCCACCUCUACCCGGUGGGCUCUGACCCCGGCGCCGUCUGACCCGACCGUGGAGGGAGGACGUGGCUUGCUCUCGAUGUCAAUGGCCAUGGCCCCCAAACGGACAUGCUCCCGGUGUGAUGACCGGACUCUGGGUAGGGGCCCUUCCCAGGGCAGCCUCCACCUCCCUUGCUGGACAUAGCGGCCACUCCUGUAGGCCCCUGGUGGACACGAGCAACCUUCGGAGCCUUUUGGGUGAGGGACUUGAGCAGAAGGACCAGCACGUCCCCCCAAGGUUGGCCUUGGUGCUCCUGCCCCAGUGCUCCACUUCCUCUCCCAGGCCUUCUUUAUCCCCCACGCGCCCCAAGACCCAGAGCCAGGGUGGAAAAGCAGCGUCCCUCUUGUGCUGAAUGCCCAGGCCGAGACGCAGGGCGGGAGGAUGUCUGCACCCAGAGCUAGAGCAUCCUGGGCAAAGAGGGGGGUUCUGGUCAGCACCCCCUGUUCACCAUGAGCACGGUGGUCAUUCCUGCCUCCCAACCUCUCGAGAUGUGUCCUUGGAGAAGUUCAUUGUCUUCGUUUUGUCAAGAGGCUGGGGUUCACCAGCCAGCAGCUGGAAUCUCAGCCUCCUUCCAUCCUGGUACACGGGUUUAACCGAGAUUCGCUAGGUGGGGCUUCCCGGAGGUGCGGGGACAGUGGCUGGGGUUCCGCUUGGUAAUUUGUGAAUUACUUUUCUCCGAAGCAGACUCUGUGGGAGUCUGCCAGGGAGCAGGGGCAGGGCAGGGCAGGGCAAGGAGCU